GACAACAAGUCUGACAGCAACAUGGUCAAAGCCAAAACCUAUCAUAAUAAAUUUAUUGUGAUUUGUUUUUGUGCCUAUGCUGUAAUUUGUACCUACCUACUAAUAAUUAAUUGAAAUUUCAUAUCAUAUCACAUAGAAAAUGGAAGCUCUGAUAUUAUUUUAUGAAAAAUGUAGACUGUGUCUCGAUAGAGCUGGAACUCAACACAUAUUUCAAGAGGAUGGAUUGGAACAAGACAUUUUAUCGUACACUGGAAUCAAAGUUAAACAAUCGGACAACUUGCCACAGAAAAUUUGUUCCAAAUGUUUUAAGAUCAUAAAUAUUGCAAAAGAACUGAGAAUACUCGCCACAAAGAAUGAUACACAUCUGAAAUCUCUGUUUGGUGGCAACUCCUUUGAUAACAAUGAGGAUUCUGAUGAUGAUGAUGAUAAUGAAUCAGACAGACUUGUGAUUGUUGAAUCACCAAAUGAAACAAUGCAGGAAAAAGACCAAAAUAAAGAAAAAGAAAAGGAAUCAUCUAAGAAAACUGAACAAGUCAUCAAAGUACGAAUGGAUUUGUUUGAAUCUCAGACAGUGACAUCUUCUACCAAGGCACAAGAUAAAAAGUCAAAACUUUCACAAACUACAAAUUUAAAAAGGAAGAGUGAUUUUAAGGACAAUGAGGAAUUAAAAUGUGAAAUUUGUGACAAAGUUUUUGACAAAUGGAAAAAGUUGUACUUGCAUCGCCGUUUCCACAACAAGACAGUUGUGUGCCCCCUGGACUGCGGGAAGAAGUUUGCCACUAAAGGAGACUUGGAGAGGCACCUCAGGAUACACACUGGAGUCAAACCCUACCAUUGCUCUGUCUGCAGUCAAAGCUUCACACAGAAUAGCACUUUGAAAUCCCAUAUGAAAACUGUCCAUAAAGAUUUAGUAGAUAGCCAACAGUCGACAUAGCCUACACAACUACAUUAAAACUACUAUGUAUUAAAAAUAACGUCCCCACUGCUGGGGCACUGGCCUUCUUUAUGGACCAGAAGGGAGGAUUGGCCAUGACCCACCGUGCAAGCCCAAUGUGGAUCUGUGAGACAGAGUCGACUAUCAGUGUAUAGUAUUUUGGGCCCCACGUUGGGCGCCAAUGAUAGUGAACUUGAUAAAUUCUGUAUGUAAAACAAAAUCAAGUAUGUAUUGAAACAUCUAUUAAGACAAUUCUCACAAUAAUCAAGAGAGUAUCCUAGUUGUUUCCUUCCACAAUGCACAUGAAAGGAAAUUACAAUACAAUAUUACAUAUUUUAUAUUUAUUUACAAUCCUUUUUGGAACACUUUCUUGUUCGUAAAAUUGAGAUGACCCAAGAUAUAAAUAUAUCAUAUGUUAUGUACAUAUACUAGCUUAGGCUAAGGAAUACAAAUAUACGCAAUAAUAUACUGUCAUAUCUACUGUUUGUACUCAGUACAUUUAUUAACUUGAUUUUGAAGCAGACUUUGUAGUUUUAGAUUCUUUGUAAUGAAACCUACAAAUCAAAAUCUUUGUACCAAUAGCAAAUCUUUGAGCUAUAGUCAGAUAUUGUAGGAAAUUUUAAUGCUAAAAUGGAUUUGUACCAAUAAAAUGCUUAAGGUAAUUUAUUUGUUGUCGAUAAAUUUUAGCGAUUAUAUUGUAAUAUAUUCUGCCAAAAGAAAUGUGUUUCAAGGCGAGGUAGUCCAAGAAAUGUACUGUACAUGUAUGUGAUUGUUUUGUAUAUGAUUGAUAUGUAGUAUUUAUUUACAUUCAUAUUGAACUAUCCCCAAGUACAUAACUUGUUUAUAUUAAAAGAAAACUACAAAAUA